AUUUAUUAACCAAUAAUAAUACCUCAUACCUUCACUCGUAUAAACAACCCUUUCUUUCUCUCAAAACCUCCCAAACUUUUCCUGCAAUUUUUUCAUAUCUCUAAUUUUCUCUCUCUAUAUUUCGCUUACAAAAUUGUUUGAAAAACCCUAAAGAAGAAAACAGAAUGAGUUACUACAAUCAACAACAACCACCAGUCGGUGUUCCUCCACCUCAAGGUUAUCCACCAGAAGGGUACCCAAAAGAUGCAUAUCCACCAGCAGGGUACCCUGCGCAAGGGUACCCACAAGGUGGGUACCCACCACCAGGUGCAUACCCACAACAGGGAGGGUACCCUCCUCCGCAAUAUGCGCCACAAUAUGCUCAACCUCCUCCUCAGCAACAACAACAGAGUGUUGGUUUUAUGGAAGGAUGUUUGGCUGCUCUUUGUUGUUGCUGCCUGUUGGAUGCCUGCUUUUGAUCGAUAUGAUACAGCAUGCCCCCUCGAAGAUCUGAUUUCAAUGAGCUAAAGAUCAUCGUCGUGAUUAUUGAUUGGAUACACAUAAUAUUCAUGUGGAAUUGGAAGUUUGUUUCGUAUCAUAAUCAUAUGUAGUUAAUUGACUCAAUCCCCUCCCUGAACCAGUCUCAAAUUCUUAUAUCUUAAAUUGUUUUUUCGUAAAUAAUUUGAAUCUUUCAACUCAAAAAAGUUGGUUUGCUUUGAUUGUUUGUGUGGUUUUCCUUGAGAAAUGGUGUAUCGUACAGCAAAGAUUACCAAUUAAAACAACAUCAGUAACGUGUGGCUCUUAUUUUA